GACAGCCAGGCGGUUGAAUGUACAUCUCGAUUGUCGAGGCAACCCCCUGGUAAAUGGGCGUGUGACUGGCUGGCUGGGUCUCGAGACACCGGAGACUCCAAACGAAGCCUGUGUUCUCAACAGCGCUACAGUAGCUGAGCACACAGGCAGGAGAGGUGCGUGACGCGCAGUACAGAGGGAGGAAUAAGAAAUGCUAAAUUCGACUCACGCAGUCAAUGCCUUCAAUCAAUCAAUGAUCUAUAGGAUAUUGACAUUUUCUAACCUCGGGUGAUAUUUUGGACUGACUUUUACCGGCGCCGUGCUGCUCAUUCUAAGCGCAAAUCCCUCAUCCCUCACUUGAUACUAGUGAGAGCAGCGGAUAGCUGGCUGUGUGUACGCUAAAUUGAGUCUCUGGGAAGGGAUUGGCAGCGGGUGCGUGCCUUUGCGCGGAGCAGAGAGGUGCUGAGCUUCAGGGUUGCCCGGACCGGCCCCGGCGUACUACAGGCUACUGAUUGACUGGGGAAAUAAUUGGGAAUUGACUUCCUCUCUCGUCAGCGGUGGAGACCUGUCCUUUCCUGUGGUUGUUUUUGAGGUUAACGGAUUUGGAAGGAGGUGCGGAGAUUUUGACAGAGAAACAGAGAGGGCAUACUGUCAGCCUGCCGAAAACUGCUUCGCUUCGAUAUUGGAUACAUAUGGGGUUGUGAGUGAGUCUACAAGACGCAGCGCCGACGGAUUACCUCUUGCCUGGUCAUCGUUUCCAAGGAGUUGAAACGGGAGUGGUGCUGGUGCCGGGGAUUUUUACUUAUUCUUUGACUCGCUCCGACUACUUGUGUGGAGGAAAUGGCAACGCCAGUGUUUGAGAGAGGACCCCAACUGAAAGAGAGAGGAAACCGGACCUGAAUGACAGGAUACAGCAGCCGACCUGAGACAUAUCCAGACACAUUUCAACUGCUUUAGUCAAGACACUUCUGCUUUAUUUGUUUUCUUUCGGCCCAAGCCUGAACAUAAGGAAGAAUAACAGAAAAACCUUGGGAGUAGUUUUAUUUCGUUUUUCCUCAUUUUAUUUUGUUUCUAACAAAACAAGGAUGCAUUGUGGAUUAGUGCUGUUCCUCUUAAUGGGAAUCUUCUUCGUCGCUAAGGCUUUCAAAAAUGACAAAUGUGGGGACAACAUCAGAAUAACCAAUGCGAAUUACCUCACAUCGCCUGGGUAUCCGACAUCAUAUUUGCCAUCUCAGAAAUGCGUUUGGGUGAUAACAGCGCCUGGACCUCACCAAAGAAUUCUAAUCAACUUUAACCCGCAUUUCGAUCUCGAGGACAGAGAGUGCAAGUAUGACUAUGUGGAGGUGCGUGACGGCGUGGAUGAGAAUGGUCAGCUGGUGGGGAAGUACUGUGGGAAGAUCGCCCCGUCACCCGUGGUGUCUUCUGGGAACCAGCUCUACAUCAAGUUUGUGUCCGACUACGAGACCCAUGGAGCAGGCUUCUCCAUCCGCUAUGAGAUCUUCAAAACAGGUCCGGAAUGUUCCAGGAACCUCACGUCUAACAGCGGGGUGAUAAAGUCACCUGGUUUCCCGGAGAAGUAUCCCAACAACCUGGACUGCACCUUUAUGAUCUUCUCCCCCAAGAUGUCCGAGAUCAUCCUGGAGUUCGAGAGCUUCGAGCUGGAGCCUGACACCACUCCUCCCACCGGGGUCUUCUGUCGAUACGAUAGGCUAGAGAUCUGGGACGGCUUCCCUGGAGUUGGUCCGUACAUUGGGCGGUACUGUGGUCAGAACACCCCUGGUCGUAUCAUCUCUUAUACGGGCAUCCUAGCCCUGAUAAUCAACACAGACAGUGCCAUCGCCAAGGAGGGCUUCUCUGCCAACUUCACUGUGUUGGAACGGACCGUGCCAGAAGACUUUGACUGUACAGACCCGUUGGGUAUGGAGUCAGGGGAGAUAGCAUCAGAGCAGAUCGUAGCUUCGUCCCAGUACAACCCUGGCUGGUCCCCGGAGCGAGCCAGACUCAACUACUAUGAGAACGCAUGGACACCAGGAGAGGACAACAACAAGGAGUGGAUACAGGUUUUCCAAGGGAACACCAACCCCAUUGAAGUCGCCAGGACGAAGCUUCCCAAACCCACGCUCACCCGCUUCAUCCGGAUCCGGCCCGUCGCCUGGGAAACAGGCAUCGCUCUGCGCUUCGAGGUGUACGGCUGUAAAAUAUCAGAGUAUCCAUGUUCAGGCAUGCUUGGCAUGGUAUCGGGCCUGAUCACUGAUGCCCAGAUCACAGCUUCGUCCCACACGGACCGGAGCUGGGUACCCGAGAACGCCCGCCUGCUGACCAGUCGCUCCGGGUGGACCCUGCUGCCCCAGCCCCAGCCCUUCACCUCAGAGUGGCUACAGGUGGACCUGGGGGAGGAGAAGCUGGUACGAGGGCUCAUCAUCCAGGGAGGGAAACACAGAGAGAACAAAGUGUUCAUGAAGAAGUUCAGACUGGGAUACAGUAACAACGAAUCUGAUUGGAAGAUGGUCCAGGACGCCAGCGGCAACAAGCCAAAGAUUUUCGAGGGGAAUCAGAACUACGAUACACCAGAGCUGAGGACUGUGGAGCCCUUGCUGACCCGAUACAUCAGGGUUUACCCAGAGAGGUCCACCCCUGCUGGGAUGGGCCUGCGUCUCGAGCUCCUGGGCUGUGAGAUGGAAGCUCCCACAAUCCCCCCCACCACGCCCGCCCCCACCACUGCCCCAUCAGACGACUGUGAUGAUGACCAGGCCAGCUGCCACAGUGGAACAGGUGAUGACUACGAAGGGACAGGUGGAACCACAAUGCCAGAGGCUAUGACAGAUGUGGACACCAUCCCAGCGUUCCUGUGGUUUGCGUGUGACUUUGGCUGGGCCAAUGACCCCUCGUUCUGUGGUUGGACCUCAGAGGACAGCGGCUUCAGAUGGCAGAUCCAGUCCAGCGGCACGCCCACACUCAACACUGGACCCAACAUGGACCACACAGGUGGAUCCGGUAAUUUCAUCUACACACUAGCGACGGGCGCCCAGGAAACGGAGGUUGCUAGGCUGGUCAGUCCGGUGGUGACAGUCGGUCAGUCUGACCUGUGCGUCUCGUUCUGGUACCACAUGUUUGGCUCGCAUAUCGGCACGCUGCACAUCAAACAGAGGAAGGAGACGGUGGACGGCAUGGCCGACAUACUUCUGUGGACCGUCAGCGGUCACCAGGGCAACCGCUGGAGAGAGGGACGCGUGCUGGUGCCGCACUCCAGUAAACCCUAUCAGGUGGUGAUUGAAGGGUUGGUGGAGAGGAAGAGCUGGGGUGAUAUCGCUGUGGACGAUAUCAAGAUCCUGGACAAUCUGAACAUGGCUGACUGCAAGGAUCCUGAUGUUCCUACAGAGCCCAUGCUGCCUGAAGACAGAUUCAAUGAGAUCAUUGUGGACAUCACAGACUUCCCUGAGAUCGUGGAGAACAAUGAGAUCCUGAACGGUGUCAGUGGCGGGGCAGGUAACAUGCUCAAGACACUGGACCCUAUCCUCAUCACCAUCAUCGCUAUGAGCGCCCUAGGGGUCUUCCUGGGGGCCAUCUGUGGGGUCGUCCUCUACUGUGCCUGCUCACACGGCCACAUGUCCGACAGGAACUUAUCCGCUCUGGAGAACUAUAACUUUGAGCUGGUGGAUGGAGUCAAGCUAAAGAAGGACAAACUCAAUUCACAGAACUCAUACACAGAGGCGUGAAUAGGAAGGGGGAAGUGAGACGUGCGUGUGGGGAGUGCACAAGACUGUAGGCAUAGCCAAGACUCAAUAAGUUGCCGGGCCUAAAGGGACUGCCGGAAGCCUCUCAUUGGAGGAGGCCCAGGUUCAGGAACCAAUGGGAGGUUGUGACUGAUCCAUUGCUUUUCUCAGGAGCUGCAGUAACAGGAACCUACCAGUAGGGGACACUGUGUACAAAAUUAAAUACAGGAGAAAAAAUCUGUACAGAUGAUUAGAUGAUUAUUUUAAUUUUUCUAUUUGAUUUUCAUUCAUUUUUACAAUCGGAUGCUGGUGUUGAGACCAAUUUAAUGAUUAUAAUGUUUAAAGUAUUUAUCAUUUUCUGGGAGGAAGAAACCAUUUUGUUAUUAUUAUUUUAAAUCAAAGUUGUUAUUUUUGUGUUGAAAGAGAAGUAUCAAAAUCCAAAAUGAACCUUAACUGACAAUGUUGUUGGUUGUACUGCCACAUGGGGGGAUAGAAGCAGGGCGUGCCCCCCCCCCUCCCCCCUUUAUGACCCCUGCCCUCUGCCUCUGUCUACAGGUGCGGAUCAGAGGUUAAGGAUAACGGUCACGCCCCUGGGCAGUAGAUGGUUCUGACAGUGCCUUUAAUACAUCUUAGUUGGCGUUUUUUUCCUCCAUUAAGUUCUGACAACGUUAUGAUAAUGAUCUGAAAACUAAAGCAGAGGCUUUCAAUGAGCUAAUAAUCAAGUCUGCAAAACAUGAUCCAAUCCAAUCCCUCCAUGGCGCUUUUCUCUCUCUGUCCCAGACACACAUAAUAUUGUAUAUAAGUUUUAAUAUAUUUUAAUGCCCUUUUUUAAGAAAGUAAAAGGUCAAAAAAAAAAGCUGCAGUAUCCCUUUUUUCAAUGGGUUGUGUGUUGUAAAUACAAUCGUUUGACUGUUGUUGUGAAGAGUGAAGUGUUGUGGUUUUAUUGUUUCAUUUCGUUGCUCUCCAGAAGAGAGCAGACUCUGUGUGCUGUGUGAAGAUAGACCGCUGUUAUGACAAUUCAGUGCACAUUCAGAGAAGACUUGCUUGUUCAGUCUGACUGAGCAGUCAAUGGCAUCUACGUUUUCUAGAUGCAAUCCACUUCAUGACACCAUGGAGGGGACAACGAAGAAGUUAUCAUAAACACAAAUGAAAAAAGACAAACAGUUGUAUUCAUGUUAUUAACUUCAAUACACAAAUGAACAUAUGGCAGCCACACACCCCUAUCCUCCUCCUCUCACACAGGGUCUGUCCUCUAUUCUCAUAUCAACAGCAGCAGUAGAGGAAGAUAUAUGGAAUGUCUGUCUGCCAGCAUACCAAAAAACAACCAUUGCUUUUGCUUUGCUUUAGCUAUAUGAGUUGACCAGUGGAGUUGACCGCCUCCAGUUCCAUAGGUAUGGGGUAGCAGGUAGUCUAGCGGGUUAGAGUGUUGGGACAGCGAACCGAAAUGUUGCUUGUUUGAAUCCCUGAGCUGGCCAGGUGGAAUAAUCUGCUGUUCUUCCCUUGAGCAAGGCGGUUUACCCCCAAAACAACUGUGUGCCGUGGAUGUCGAUUAAGGCAGCCCCCUUCAGAGGGCUUUAAUGCGCAAGACACAUUUCGGUUGAAUGCAUUCAGUUGUGCAACUGACUAGGUAUCUCCUUUCCCAGGCAUCUGUGGAUUGUCCUACAAAAAAACAACAUUGUGACUUAGAAUGCACUUUGUCAUUCGACGUCUAAAUCCUCUCUAGCGUGAUUUAGGCUGAGGGGGGCUUACUGAAGAAUGGCUUUUACAACUGACGUUCACACAGCAGGCAAGAUUUUCAUAAUCAUGAUCAUAGGUUUGUAUUGUGUUGUCACAUAUUGGACACACUACGGCCUAGGUUUACGUCUAUAAAACGUGUAGCAGCCAAACGUCGUGAUGUCAGGGCUGAUGUCAUAAGGGAAGGACGCUGGUACAGAGCUAAGCGGUCGAGUGAUGUCGUCAUGCAUGGCGAAUCAGGUCACUCGCCCUGUUGUCUUUACCAAAGGAUGAUUGGAUACCUCUUCUACUUGGGGAGGGGUUUGUGAUCAGCACACUACUACUGGACUGUCUGCAGCCUUUCAACCACAUCAACACCUUUUUCAAUGAACGUUCACAGGAAAUUGACCUCUUGCGUUGCACUGACUGGAAUGGACUCCCGGCAAUUUCAAAAAGGGGAAGGUGGGUUGACUAUAGAAACUGCAAUGUUUGAUGGUUCAUUUUUAUACAUGUUUUUCAGCUGAAGUUGCAUAUCUUGCGUCAAUGUGAACUCUGAAAUCUCUUGAGACCUGCCGAUGGAUUUAGCAAUGCUCCAAAAGAGUUUUGGAUGGGGAAGUAAAGGUCUAAGGAGGACUUGACCAUUGGAAAGGCCCAUUGGAUUUUCUACACCACAACAAUCAGAGACAUAAUGAUGUUGAACAGGAGGACAUCUGCUAUAUCCGUGUACUAUGUCGUGUGCUGUGGUGAACACAUGCUCAGCUUGGCUUUUGUUCAUUUCAGGUUUGAUGUCCCACUUUGCAAUGCUUACUGUUUUGUGCAUUCAGCGUUGAGGACAGUAUCCUCAGUCUGGUAACUAGAGAAAAGGAUACUGUAGUGUGGAAACUAAAAAGAAACAAUGUUGCACUGAUAAAUAUAUUUAAGAAGUUUGUGUUUAUAGCAUUCAUUUGUAAAGAAAAUCUAAAACUGAAAAAAACUGUGUUCAUUUUCUUUCUUCUUUUUUAUAGUUUCAGAUUGUGAUAUAAUUCAGAAAUGUACAAAUUGAGAUGUUUUCAUUAUUGAAAAAGGUAUACAAAAUCCCUAUAGUUAUGUCCCCAUUUACCUGAAUUAUUAGCGCUUCGUUUUGUACUGUCAUUCAAAUUUUGUGCACAUUUUUUUUACCAAAAAAAAAAUACUUUUAUUUUCAAUACUGCUUCUGUAAUUUGCUGUUGUAGGAAAAGAUUAAUAAACAGCAAGCCUUAAAAAAACUGGGCGGAACAUU